ACCCAGGAAAUCCCUUCCUAAUUAAUGACAGAUUAACAAAAUUAAAACACAGCUUCCUCUGUUUUGCUGAAUGGUCAUGGUAAAGAGUGGAAAUAGUAAUUAAGAAAUCCAAAAAGAAAAACAUAAAAAAAGUUUAAAAAGGAAAAAUAUAUGAGAGAGUGAAGGCCAAAAGAGUAAGGCUGAGAAGUAGCAGUGAGUGCUGCUUCCACUGCUUUAUAUGAUAUUUAAGUAAAAUAUUACUAGUAUUUGUUUUUUUAUUAAUAUUUAUAUCUGUGUUUGUCCGUAGUGAGUUUGCUUCGCUUCGAUAAAUAGUGAAAAAAAGAAGAUGAAGUAAUUGUCGAUCUCUGUGUAACGGCUACUUUUUAGGGUGUUGUUGUAGAAGUGAAGACUGGGAUUGCAAAAAAAGAAGGGUGUUAUUUGAUUCAGUUUUGAAGGGGAGAAGAAGAAGAAGAAGAAGAAAUGGAUUACAACUAUGAUCAGGAGCCAUGGAAUUGGCAUGGAGAUCAAAAGAACAACGAUUUUGGUGCUUCCGAAGGUGCAUGGACUCAAGUGACCUUGAACGAGGAAGACCUUUCCUACAUGUUUGUUGAAGCAACCCCUGUUAAGGAAUGUGGGGAUCUGUCAUACCAUGUUACUCAAAAUGAUGAUAUAAGUAAGGAAUCAGAGGAAAAGAGGGAGACUGCUUCACAAGUUAAAAGGCGUAGAAUGCUUCAAUUUGACACUCAUGCAGUAGAUUCUUCCCUUAUCUGUGAAGAGAUGCCAUCCGCAUUCCUAAAAUCAAGGGAGAGGGAUGAUGUGAUUGAAGAGAUCUUGCCCGAUGCAUCUGAGUGGGUUGCUGGUUUAUCAGAAGAUGCAUCAGCCUCCAGUUAUGAUGGCCUAGAUCAGUCAUGUGAAGGGUGGCUUGCUGAAUACUUUAAUGACCCGGAGCUGCUUCUUAGCUCUGAUGAUAUGAAUCUGACUGGGGCAUCCAAUGUUCAAAUUGAUACUUCAGAGUUGUGCAAUACCCAACCUGAGUCUGGGGCUGAUGCGGUUCAAAAGCAGGCAACUCGAACACUUGGAAAUGUUGUUCUCAAAGGUAGGAAGUCUUUCAUCCGAAUGCCCCCUAAGGUAGCAUCAUCUGUUGCCUACCCAUUUGCUUUCAUUAAACCCUGUGGUUUCCAUGGAGAUGUCACCCUGAAGGAUAUAAAUCAGCGAAUCCGAACUCCGCCACCAUCAAAAUCAAAACAAAGCAAUGAAGAUCUUGCUGAUGCUUUCCCUACUUCUGCUUUUUCUGGGAAGCCUGUUGUCGGCAAAACUAAAAUUCGUACUGAAGGAGGAAAAGGCACCAUCACAAUUAUGAGAACCAAAGGCUGAGUAGAUAAGUGUUCUGCUAAACUUAUUUUUAACUUUUUUUCUCCUUUUUAGCGCCCUUUGCUCUCCCCCGUGGUUAAAAUUUGGUGGUUGAGUAACUCUGUAUUUUUUUGUUGGACGCUUGGAAUUCAUAAUACACAUCGAAGUGUUUUAUGUUUCCAAAUAGUAUUCUGAGGGUCUAAUAUUUGUCUAAUACAUGCUUUAUUUUUUUAAGGCUAUAAAUGACAUGAUAUUUGAGAUCCA